UUUUUCUGUUGUUUCUAUAGAAUAAUUGACCACAGAGAAUUGCAUGCUGGCUUUUGGCAAUGCUUUGGUUUAAGGCUAUAUGGCCAGAGUCCCAAUCUCUGCUUUUUUUUUUUUUUUUUUUUUUUCCUUGCAGGAGUUACUGCCAGACAAGUCAUAUCAGUGAUCAAGACAAUGUUUUUGCAAUACAUUUUCCCCUUUGCGCUUCUUUUGCACAUUGGCAAAUAGUCUCCAGUGGGUCUCCUGGGAAUCAGCACAGGGCAAAGAAGACCAUGCUGAAAAGGAAGAGAACCUAUAGCCAAGGGUUGGGUGAUGCAAGAUGAAAAGAAAUGUGAACUUCUAGGAUAUGAUUCUGGGAAGGUGCAAGAACCAUUAGAAAGGUCCCUCAGCCAGAUCAAAGGACAUAUGGGAGAGAUGAUACUACAAAGAUGUUAAUUGCUUUUAAAAAGCAAUGGGAAAGGUCAACAAUGCAGUUCUCAGCCUGGUUCAAUUUUCUGCUUCUUCUUCCUUGUUUUGGUACCACCAAAACUUGCUUUCCCGGGUGCCACUGUGAGGUGGAAAGUUUUGGUCUCUUUGACAGCUUUAGCCUGACCAAAGUGGACUGCAGUGGAAUAGGCUCACACAUUGUUCCUGUCCCAAUCCCUCUGGAUACCUCCUACUUGGAUCUGUCCUCAAACAAACUGGAAACAAUCAAUGAAUCAAUGCUAACUGGCCCUGGAUACACUACCUUGGUGAGCCUUGACCUGAGCUACAAUAAAAUUGCUAAGAUUUCCUCCACAACCUUCUCCAGGCUUCGGUACCUGGAGUCCUUGGAUCUGAGUCAUAACUCUUUGGAAGUCCUUCCAGAGGACUGUUUCUCCAGUUCACCUCUGGGGGACAUAGAUUUGAGUAAUAAUAAACUUUUAGUUAUAGCAAUGGACACUUUUGCUUCAAAAGGUCAAGGAAAACGCAUGAAUGUGGACCUAUCCAAUAACAUGCUCAGCACAAUUACAAGGCACCGUGAAAAGAACAUCCCCAACAUCCAGAAUUUAAAUCUUUCUGGAAACAGGCUAACAUCUGUGCCAAAUCUUCAAGGGAUUCCUCUACGAUAUUUGAAUCUUGAUGGGAAUCCGUUAGUCAAGAUUGAGAAAGGAGCCUUCAUGGGGCUGAAAGAUUUGAUGCAUUUAUCUCUCAGCAACCUACAUGACUUUAGAGAGUUAUCUCCUUACAGUUUCAAGGAACUACCAGCCCUCCAGGUUCUGGAUUUAUCCAGCAAUCCCAAUCUGAAGUCACUGAGUGCUGAAGUUACCUUUGGUCUGAACUCCCUGCAAGAACUUAACCUCUCUGGGACAGGUGUGUCAUCCUUGCCAAAGACUGUGCUGAAAUACCUGCCUUCCAUCAAAAGCAUCACCUUGCAGAAGAACAUACAGUGUCUUAAGACCAUCAGAGAAGGACAGUACCACCGACAAACUGGGCUGACCAAAAAAGAGGUCCUCAUUUGUCAUGACAGCCAUGGGUCCGUAGCAGCAGCACCUUACGUUUCAUGAUGAAAGCUGUGAAGAAAGGUUGGGGAAUCAGGGGGCUGGGAGGGUGAGGGACCACGGGAGAUGUACAGGUGUUGGACUGAGAUGGCUUGCAGUGUGCCUUUUGUAAAACUGUCAAUAAUUUAUAUAUUUGUACAUGCCAAUACUUGAUUGUUCGUGGAUUUUAUAAACUCUCAAAUUCUGACCCACACAUCAUCGGCAGGCUCUGGAUUCUACCCAGUGUAUUGAGGGCCUGCAUCCAGCCUCAAGAACAGUGUUGCUGGACAACAGGGACCAAGCUGCUCUGCAGGUCCCAGGGCAGAACAGCUGGUCUGGCACAAGCCAUCAUGGAUCAGUUAUGUUUGCAGGAGCAAAGCUAUGCCUCUCCAGAGGGCACAUCAAAACAUACCAACUUGGUAGCUAUUUGCUAGCAAACCCAUGCUUCAGUCUUUUUUUUUUUUUUUUUUUUUUUUUAUUAUUAUUCCCCAAGAAGUGCCUUCUGGAUGUUGCCUUCAUUAGCAGCACCCUGUUCCUUGUCAUGCACUUUCAGUCUGAAGAAGUAUUUCCAGACAAACUUGAUCACAGGGUGCUCCUAAUGUGCUGAUUUUUGCGUGUUAUUUACAUAGAUGUGCAAUGAACAUUGAAGAAGUGGAGAUCAUUUCCCCAUUUUCUCCCCAUUUUCACAUUUCAUAUUCUUUUCAUGUCAUAUUACUUUAGAUGUAACUUACUUUAGAUGUAACUGUGCCAACCUCCUAUCUUUUUAACCUUUGUGAGCCAUUGCUCAGAGAGGAUGAGUAGCAAGGGAAGAGAAGCAAAGAGAGAAGAGGCUGCCUGCAGCUGGAAGCUCACUUGAGAACUACUCUUCCACGAAACAAAUUAAGUGAGCUUCAAAGUGAAGAGAUCAUGUAGCUUAGCUUGGGAAGAAAAGAAAAGUAAAGAAAAGAGAGAAGAAAACUCUCCUUUCUGGGAAGCUUGGAAGAAUACUUGACAAGGAUUCUUCUCCUGAUGACCUUAUCAAACCAUGACAGACCCAGAGGACUUUGGAAUAAGCUAUUUUCCUGCUGAUGUUCCCCAUCUGAACAAAACGUGCAACUCAGCUGGGCUCAUGUGAAGCAAUUUCCAGUGCAGAAAUGCUCUCCAGAAUGUGCCAGGGGAAGAAUUAACACUGACGCCACAACUGUGGAAUUAUUUGGCUAUUGGGGAAAGAUCUUGGGAUUUGUUUUUUUUUCCAGAGUUGUGGCUUUUCUUUCUCUUGCACAGUUCCUUGGCUGCCAAAAGAAGUCUGAUGAAAAGCCUGGUCCCCAGAGCUUUCCUUACCUUUCUCCACAUUGAAAUGCUGGCAAAGCAAAGAGUAGUCCCUCUCAUUCCCCUUGCUCUUCAGGUUAAAAGAAAGCAAGGGAAGGCAGCAGAACAUGAUUCAACCCGGUGGUACGGAACGUCUUUGACCUGCUUAUUGCAGCUCCUGCAGUGGACGCUGAUGUCCAGUCUGAAUCUGGCACACUGUUCUGGGGUUGGGAAGGGAAGUUAUAGAUGGGGGUUCUGGUCAGAUGAGUUUGAAAUUUGGUCUCUACACACAGGCUUGCAUCAGAAUAACAUUGAAAAAAUGUUUUCAACUGAUUUAGGUAGGUCCACGCAAAGGUGACGCAGACAUAAACCCGGCUUCAGAGCUUGAGCGUAGUCACUGCAGAUGGAUUUCAGAGCAUUGGUACACAUGUAUUUUGCAAACAGCUGAUAGGGUUAACAAACAACAGCAGCCUUCACUACCUAUUUAUUGCUGCUGUCUCAGUCAUAAAACUAGAAUGACAUGGGCCUCCCCCCUCUUCUGCCUCAGCAGCAGAGAUGAUCCUGCGCCUGCAGAGAAGAUGCCCCAUGAGGUCUCUUCUGCUGGCCCAGCAUCCUUUAGGCAGCCACCAACAUUAAGUGAUGUCUGGAGAGACUGCAGGGAUCUGGGAUCAGUGCUUGGGGAGAAGAUCAAUGGGGUUAAAGUGUCCUACCCUGCUCCCAAGUAGGGCCAGGCACUGACGGAGGGUUCUCCAAUGAGACUGAGCUCUGCAAGUGCUGUAAGGAGCUCAGGCUUCCUCCUCACACCCUCAAAGUUCUCUUGAUGUUGGAAAUCCCAUUACCCAAAGAAGAUAUCGCCAGUGAUGGCUGAAACCUGCUGAGCCAAUAAAAGCAAGCCACUGCCAGGGAUGCUGAACCCAGAGUCAACGCCUUAGUUUGGAUAUUGAAAUCUUUCCCCCCAGUGUUUUCAUUUAUCUCCUUUUCUGUGAUAUGAUCAUGACCCUUAGGGUGGAAUUUUAACCCUUUCCUGCAAUGCUGAGGGCUUUACCCCCUCUACUGAGCCUUCGAGAUGCUCAACCAGCCUUCACAGUACAAGAAACAUGCUGAUUUUCUUAAAAAGGCAAUGGGACUGCCAGAGGCAGAUGGAGAUCUGGAGGGGAAUAGUAACCAACUGCAAUGCAAGAUGGGGGCAGUUUGGGAUGGGAGGGGGGGUGUUUUUUAGUGGCUCUUGCCUUUUUAAGAGAAUUCUUUUCUGCUGGCAGAAAAUAUAAUUUUUAAAAAGUUGUUUAAUUUUUUAAGUCUGUAUGUAGAUAAAAUGUUACAGGGAUCAUAUACAGGCUGUCAAAGUUACUGUCUUUGCACCUCUGUGGUAAAUCUAAAACCCAAUGUGACAAUCCAAUUGAAGACUGCAAGAUUUCCUUGUGUAAUCUCAUGCUAGCUGCUAGCUAAACAAGUCUUAGCAAAGGCUGGCAAAUACCGUCGCUGUAUUAGUUUGUUUUUUAAAGAAUCUCUGCAGCAUUGUAAGGCUUUGUGAUUACUCACAACAUAAUAAAGUGAUUUGGAGGAGAAUAA